UAUAAAAUACAGCCCGCUACUUCACUUUCUUAUUUCCUUCCUCUGUAUUCCUUGUGGCUCUCGUCUCCAUCGAGCAAUCGAUGGCAAAUACUCUGGGGAUCUCAUCGCCGCCAUCUUGGUUCCUUCACUCCAGGCUCGAGGCACUCGCAAAACCCUCUUCAACGGCAAGGAUAUCCUUCCGGCACGUCGGCCCAUACACCACUCCGCCGCUCCGCCCUCUCGCAGCUCGGUUAUCGGCCGACCUCAACGGGGAAGAAAGGAGUUGUCCGCAAGAGCCUGUACGGACUCUUUUGAUCGAUAACUACGACAGCUACACCUAUAAUAUUUACCAGGAACUGGCCGUCGUCAAUGGAGUUCCGCCCGUGGUUAUUCGCAAUGAUGAGUGGACAUGGGAGCACAUCAAAUACGACCUGUAUAAAGAAAAUGAUUUUGAUAACAUUGUUAUAUCGCCCGGGCCUGGCUCUCCAACAUGCGCGACAGACAUAGGGGUAUGCUUGCAAGUACUAAUUCAAUGCAAGGACAUUCCGAUAUUAGGAGUUUGUCUUGGCCACCAGGCAUUGGGUUUUGUUUAUGGUGCUCGAAUUGUCCAAGCCCCUGAACCAGUUCAUGGACGUCUGAGUGAAAUUGAACAUAUAGGUUGCAAUCUCUUCACUGGUAUUCCAUCUGGACGGAGAUCAGGAUUCAAGGUCAUGCGUUACCAUUCACUUGUUAUAGCUGCAGAAUCAAUUCCUGAGGAACUUGUGCCUACAGCAUGGAGUACUUCUGUGCGUACACAUUCUUAUUUUGAGACACAAGAAUCUGAUAUGCGUCGUGGUUCCUUUGUGAAUCAAACACAUAACUUCCAACCUUUUGGUGAUUUAGAGGGCGCUGGAUUGUCAGAUAUUGGCGUUUUAAAUGACAAGGAGAGAAGCAAAGUCCUUAUGGGUCUGAUGCAUCGUAGCUGGCCACAUUAUGGGGUGCAGUUUCAUCCUGAGAGCAUUGCUACCUGUUAUGGUAAGAAGAUCUUUGAGAAUUUCAAGAGGAUUACAAUUGACUAUGGGUUGAGGUCCAGCCUGCAAAAAAGAAAGAUGUCUGGUUCUUGUCAACUUCCUAACGGAUUUCAAAGAAGAAAUCUAUUGCAUAACAAAGCUGCCUCGAAGAAACUUCUACAUUUGUGUGUAAGCCCAACUCUUACACCUAGAAGCAUUGAUGCCAAGUAUCUACAAUUGCAAUGGAAGAAGAUUGAUUGCUUAGAAAGUCAGGUUGGAGGUUCAAAAAAUAUUUUUUGCAAACUAUUUGGAACUAUGAAUGCAGAGAAUACAUUUUGGUUGGAUAGCUCCUUCACAGAUCAGGGCCGGUCACGUUUUUCAUUUAUGGGUGGUAAAGGCGGUUCAUUGUGGAAGCAAAUAACAUAUAAAAUAUCACAGCGAAGUGAAAUGACAAGCAAAUCUGGAGGAUAUUUAUCAAUUCAAGAUGUCCAUGGUUCUGUGAAAACAAAGUUUCUUGAAGAUGGUCUAUUUGAUUUUCUUGAUAAGGAACUUCGGACAUUUCAUUAUGAUAAAGAGGACUUCGAAGGCUUGCCGUUUGACUUUUGCGGUGGGUUUAUUGGUUACAUUGGGUAUGAUCUCAAAAUUGAAUGUGGGGCAUCAUCUAACAGAUUCAAGUCGAGUGCUCCUGAUGCCUGUUUCUUCUUUGCGGAUAAUAUUUUAGCUGUUGAUCAUAGCAAUGGGGAUGUUUAUAUCCUGCAAAUACAUGACAAAUUUCAUUCUGGUUCUAACUUUGUACGACAAAGUUGCAAAGAGAACUCGUGGUUUAGUGAAACUGAAAAGAAGCUUCUUAGCUUGAAAGGCAUAGCUUCUAGAAAGUUGAAAAUGCAGAAAACGCAAGGAGGAUCUGCCCAAUGCAGAGGAACCUUUGUUGUUGAUAAAUCAAAGCAUCAGUAUAUCAAAGAUGUUGAGAAGUGUUUGGGAUUUAUUAGAGAAGGAGAUAGUUAUGAGUUAUGCCUCACAACUCAGAUGAGAAUGAGAGUUGCCACCAUAAAUGCUCUGAAUAUUUAUCUUGAUUUGAGAGAGGCAAAUCCUGCCCCAUAUGCUGCUUGGCUUAAUUUUUCAAGGGAAAAUUUAUGCAUUUGUUGCUCCUCUCCUGAGAGGUUUCUGAGGCUGCAUGAAUCUGGAAUACUUGAAGCAAAGCCUAUCAAGGGAACUAUUGCUCGUGGGAGUACAUCAGAGGAAGAUGAAUGUCUUAGGUUACAACUGGAGUACAGUGAAAAGGACCAAGCAGAAAAUCUUAUGAUAGUUGAUCUUUUGAGGAAUGAUCUCGGCCGGGUUUGCGAACCAGGUAGCGUCUGUGUGCCUCGGUUGAUGCAAGUUGAGUCUUAUGCAACCGUCCACACAUUGGUUAGUACAGUUCAAGGGAAGAAGAAUUCAAACACAAGCCCUAUUGAAUGCAUUAAAGCUGCAUUUCCUGGAGGUUCGAUGACUGGAGCUCCAAAGUUAAGAUCAAUGGAAAUUCUCGAUUCUAUUGAAAGUUCAUCCAGAAGCAUCUAUUCAGGCUCAAUAGGAUUCAUUUCAUAUAACCAAACAUUUGAUCUGAAUAUAGUAAUCAGGACCAUUGUUAUACACAAUGGGGAGGCCUCUAUUGGAGCUGGUGGGGCAAUUGUUGCUUUGUCUAAACCAGAAAAUGAAUACCAAGAAAUGUUGUUGAAAGCUAGGGCUCCAACCAAAGUUGUAGAAGGGCACACAACAGAUUUAGAUAAUUUUGACACUGCUAUGAAGCUUGCUGUUUGACAGUGGAGGAUACUUUUCAGAUUUCACAGCAAUACGGACAAAGAUAUAGGCUUCGUUUGGGACAAUUUUCUUUCUACUUCGUAACAUCUUUUUCUAGCACAAAAAUUUAAAUUUUUGUACUAGAAAGUUGCUUUAUGAAGCAGUAAGAAAGCCGUUCAUAGGCUUCUUUUGGGACGGUUUCUUAAAGCAACAUUCUAGUAUCAAAAUUUUAAUUUUUGUAUUAAAAAAUUACUGUAAGAAGCAAUAAGAAAGCCAUUCCAAAUGAAGCCAUAGUUUCAGUAAGAAAGCACAUUUCUGCUCCCAACUCAUCAGUAGGAUUUUAUAGCUGAUUGGUUAUUUAAAACAAUAUUUCUCUGCUUUCAUAUUCAUUUUGAUUUUUGUAAUAAGAUCAGUUGUGUACUAGAUGUAUUUUUUUCGUCAACUAAUAUAGUAUUUUUGUAUAUAUUCAUGUA